AUGGCUGAGCUUCAACAAAUCUCAUUGAGAGAGGUCUCCGAACAUAAUACCAACAAAUCAGCAUGGAUGGUAAUUGGCAACAAAGUUUAUGAUGUCACCAAAUUUUUGGAUGAGGUAAUUGAUUUUCUAAUCCACCUUACAAUCCCUUAUAAAACUGUUUCAGCAUCCGGGAGGCUGUGAAGUUCUUCUCGAACAAGCCGGUGGUGAUGGAACCGAAGCUUUCGAAGAUGUCGGUCAUUCUACAGAUGCUCGUCAAAUGAAAGAAGAUUUUUUGGUUGGCGAAGUUGUGCUCGAUGAGCGAAAAACCUACUCUUAUGACAAAAAAUCCUGGUCAUCCACCACAAGUUCAGAUAACAAACAAAGAAGGUAUCUAGAAUUCUCACCCCUUCAAAACACUUUGCAAAAUUUUUCAGUGACUCAUCCUCACCUCUCGAUAACUUGGUAUAUUUUGGGCUUCUUGCUGUUAUUGUUGGCAUGGUUUAUUAUCUCUUGUUGAACUAA